UCCAAGUUAUUUUAAUACUUUUGAAAUAUAUUCUCUAAAAGAAACAUUUAUUAAUCUAUUUGUCAACCUUGAUUUUGGCAUAAAAGUCUGCAGAAUGCUUUGUAGUUGUUAAGCACACAGAGGCACUGCAAUUCUUUCUUAUUCCUUGAUCUGAAGUUUUCUGCAAGUGUUUUUUUUUUUUUUUUUUUUUUUUUUUUUUUUUUUAAUUAAAAUAUCUGUGUUGGCACACAUACAAUUUUUGUAUAGUGACUUCAGAUGUGGAUAAUGUUUCCGAACACUAUCGUUUGUUUUACUGGCGUCGCUGAAUGCAUCACAUUUAUUGCUGAGUAUCACCUUCCAGAUUUUUCAUACUGUUUUAAUGUAUACAUCAGCAGUGAAUUAUUCUCCUCUUUUCCUCAAAUACUCUACGGCGAUAAACAAUAACCAUUCACUAAAGAUAUUGAGUAAAUUUCCACUCAUAAUAAUUUAAAUUGCGAAAAUCUCACAAUUAGCACCUAAACACACUAUUCAGAACUUUCGAAAGCGCGCCGUAGUAUUCAAAAGUGGGGUACGCCGUUUUGCCAGGUGAAACUAGUCGAUAUUUCCGUGACGUCAAAAAUUCGAAAAGUGGGGUAGGGUUUGGAAAUACGCGGCCGGGGGCAGAUGCCCCCCUCUAGCUACGCUCCUGGUUGCAUGGUAUCAUCGUUUGAUUCCAAGUGUUGAAAUUUAUUUUUAAUUUUCAAAUUACUGUCUUCAUUUUCAUUAUCUAAAGAGUGGGUAGAUCGCUUAUGAUGUCUUUAUCUUUGUUUUGAAAAAGCUCCUCCAUUUUGUAUGGAUUCGCAGAAUUGUUUCAAGUCUUGAAUUUGUUUCUGAAGUUGAUCAUUAUUAGUUUUAAGCUCGUUGAUAGUUUAAGCAGCUUGCGCAUUUUCUUGUUCACGAAGUUGAUUAAUUGCUUUUGUAAAUAAAAGAUGAAGUUUGUUUCUAAUCUCAGUUGGACGUUCAGAAGGUGUUUGAUUCAGAGCAUUUUCGAUAUCAAUGACAAUUUGUCUGGUUGAAGAGGCAUCAUUAGAGAGAGUAAUUUAAUUACUCAAAACAUGAAUCAGUUGCGGUGCAGAAGUCACAAUUAUGGAAUUGUUGUUGGAAGUAUCAGGUGACGUAGUAGAGGUGUUCAUGUUCGCUAUAUGCGCAAACGCAGAACCUAGCUGAACAGAAGAACUGACAUCCUUAGAUGUCAUGUGCACAUAGGAAAGUGAGAGAGAUAAAUAAGCUGUAAGUUAUUAAAAAAACCCUGAAUCUUUUCUAUAGACUUACAAAAACAAAAGCGAUAUAACGAGUUAUACUUGCCGGUAAACAGGCACAACAGCUGUUAUCCGUAGAACGGCAGGUGUGAUCCCCAGUCGUAUAAACGCAGGUGUGGCCUCCGAGCGAGACGAAAAGCAACCUUCUCGAAGGACACAAGGUGCCUUUUAAGCAAGGCUUUUCAACUAAUUCACUAUUUUACCUUUUAAGGACUGCGCAGGGAAACUUUUAGGGAGCGUCAUUUGCCCUCGGGCGGUAAAUUUUCCUCCGUCCGUCCCUGGCCUUAAGAUUUGCAUCCAAGAUUGAGUAAAAUGUCGCGAAGGUGUGUCUACGUGAAAUUUGUAAUCAGUGUAAAUCUUGAUAUCUCUACCUGUAAAACAGUUCUAAGCGCGACAACCUACCACGAAAUUUCAGAUUUCUUCAUCUAAUAUUCGCUAAAUGCGCUUGUACUGCUAAACAAGAAUAAAGAAUUAUGCUGUACUGAAAAUUAUGAAUAUGCUGAAUUAUGAUGUAAAAGUUAACAGGUGAAUGUUUUAAAUGCACUGGCAUAAUUUUAUAUUGUUAUCAAAAUAUGAUAACAUUUUUCUUAUACAUUAGUAUAUGAAAAAUAAUAAUAAGUGUAAUAAGUAGACUUUACCAAAAUGUCGCCAAACUACCUGUUACCAUAUUCCAAAGAUAUGCCUUAUUAUUAUCUGUUUUUGAAAUCCCAUAAAAAAUUAGUGCUGAAGAAACACUGUGUUCGAGAUAUGUAACAGUGUGUUCAAGCUUUCUGUACUACUGGAAAAGUUAUUUUAUUAAGAGAUUCUUACGUACAUAAACAUCUAAGAUUCGUUGUUAUAAUGCAUGAUUUAAAGAUACGUGAUAUCCCAAGUAGAAUGAAAAUUUGAUUGAUUUGUGGUACAGUGAAUUUAUAUGAAUAUCUACUGAGAAAAAACUUGGAUAUGCAGCAUGUCCUUUGUACAAAAGCAUGAUUAAGGUUAUAUGUUGAAGAAAUCUCAUGAAUUUAAUACAUGUAAUGAAGCAUACACACAAUAACACUGGGGAGAAGUCCCACGUGUGCGAUGUAUGCAACAAAUCUUUCAAGGUAAAGCAGCAUUUAAAGGUGCAUAAGUAUACCCAUACAGGGCAGAAACUACAUGUUUGUGAUGUAUGUAACAAAUCCUUCACAUUAAAAAGUCAUUUAUUGUUGCAUAUGUAUCUCCAUACAGGAGAAAAAUCUCAUCUAUGUGAUAUAUGUAACAAAUCAUUUUCACGAAAGCAUCAUUUAAUGUAUCAUAUGCAUAGCCACACAGGGGAUAAACCUUACAUAUGUGAUAUUUGUGGGAAAUCAUUCUCACUAAGGCAUCAUUUACUGGACCACAUGCAUAUUCACACAGGGGAAAAACCUCAUGUUUGUGAUAUGUGUAGGAAGUCUUUCGCACGGAAACGUUAUUUAAUGGUACAUAUGCGUACACACACAGGAGAGAAGCCUUAUGUGUGUGAUGUGUGUAAUAAGUCCUUCACUCAAAAUUGUAAUUUAAUGGUGCAUAAGCAGCUGCAUACAGGAGUGAAAUCAUACAUAUGUGAUGUAUGUAAGAAAUCCUUCACAAGAAAGCAUGACUUAUUAGAACAUGUACGUAUUCAUACUGGGGAGAAACCUCAUGCAUGUGAUGUAUGUAGCAAGUCCUUCAGAUUACAAAGCAAUUUAAAUGCGCAUAUGCGUAGUCACACAGAAGAGAAACCUCACAUAUGUGUUGUAUGCAAUAAGUCAUUCAAACGAAAAUAUCCUUUAGUAAUGCACAUGCGUGUGCACACAGAAGAAAAGCCUCAUGUAUUUAAUAUAGAAACAAGUCACUCAUACAAAAAUCGGCUACAUGAGUAUUACCCAGGAGUAGAUGAUUACACAAUUAGAGACAAACUAAUGCAGGAGUUAGACGCCCUUAAACAAAACAAUUGCCCUGAAAACGAUGCUAGGCUAAAAGAUUUAAGCGAGCAUAUUGCUAGUAUUACUAUCAGUAUGGAAAAGGAUAAUAAAGAAAAAACGGAAGGAGAUUCACAAACCCCAAACUCAUCCCAAAAAAUGGAAAAGGGAAAUAUUUUAAUUAGAAACGCAAGCGGCAAAAAACGUAAAAAGCAAUCCACCGAUAAAGAAGGAUUUGUUACCCCGCGCGUUACGCACAAGCGUACACUAUCAAAUGAGGAACCGGAAUAUCCAUCGCAAAAAAAUAAAUUCGAUCAGUUAAAUGCUGAUGACAAAAUGGAUGAUGAUAAUGACGAACCAUUCAUUAUACCAAAAAAGACCGCAGGUCACAUUCCCCCCAUCGUCCUCGCAGAUUUUGCAGGAAGUUGGGACAAAUUAAAAGUUGAAUUUGAAAAUGAUUUAAACAUCAAAAAAUACACCGGUAAUCUGUCAGGCGGCAGACUGACAAUCAGAGUAUUUGAAUCAGAUCACUAUAGAACCAUUACUUCAUUGCUAAAAAAGCGAGAAAUUCCAUUUCACACCUUUAAGCUGAAAUCAGAAAAGCCAAUAAAAGCUAUCAUUAAGAAACUCCCCAAAACAUCUGACAUUGAGAUUCUAAAACAAGAAAUCUUGGAUUUAGGAAUCCCCGUUGAAAAGAUAAGACAGAUAACUGCCAAAAAAGAUGGAGAAAUAAUUAAAUUACCCGUUUUCUUAGCGGAGGUGAAAAGAAACGCCGAUGGGAAAAAGAUCUUCGACAUAAAGAAACUUCGAGGGUUAGACGUUCUCGUAGUAAACUACAAAUCAAAGCCAGGCCCUGUGCAAUGUCAUAAGUGCCAGAGGUACGGACAUACACGGGACCUGUGCAACUACACUCCUAGGUGCCUAAAAUGCGCAGAAAACCACGAGACGCACUUAUGCAAAACGCAAAAAGGUGUCCAUGUUCCCAUCUGUGUUCUUUGUGGAGAAAAUCACGUUUCUUCCUACCGUGGUUGUAAAAAAUAUCCAAUUAAUAUCCAAAAUCGUAUUGAGGAAGAAAAAACUGCAAAUGAAGGGCAGGAAAAAGCUGACAAAGAUCAAUUUAAACUUAAUCCUGAAGAAUUCCCCAAAUUACCCAGCCGCAGUCCACAGGAAAUCCGCAAUUUAUUUGAAAAUUUUUUCGUGGCAUACAUGGAAGAUCUUUAUGCAUGCAAUGUGUGUAAAAAAUUAUUCACUGAAGAGCAUCAUUUGGUUAUGCAUAUGUGUAUUCAUACAGGAGAGAAACAUGAAAUAAAUGAUAUGUAUGAUAAAAAGUUAACUCCGGAGAUAUCGGAAGUGCGUUUGCAUAUGGGUAUGGGAGAAAAAUCUCAUGUAUGCUAUGUGUGUAAGAAGUCAUGCACUCAAAAGUCUAAUUUAAUGGAACAUAUGCAUAUUCAUACAGGUGAAAAAUCUUACGCAUGUAAUGUGUGUAGCAAGUCGUUUGUACGGAAGCAGGAUCUUGUAAAGCAUAUACGUGUGCAUUCAGGUAAGAAACCGUAUGUUUGUAAUGUAUGUAACAGAACAUUUAAGCAGAAACCUCAUUUAGCACAGCAUAUGCAUAUCCACACAGGAGAAAAACCUGAUAUUUGUGAUAUAUGUAACAAAUCAUUCACACUGAAACAUCAGUUAGUGCAACAUCUUUGCACACAUACAGGGGAUAAGCCUUAUUUAUGUGAUGUAUGUAAAAAGUUAUUUACACGAAAGCAUCAUUUAAUGGAACAUCUGCAUGUACAUACAGGAGACAAACCUCAUGUGUGUGAUGUAUGCAAUAAGUUAUUCACUCGAAAGCAGGAUCUCAGAAAGCAUGUACGUAUACACACAGGAGAGAAACCUCACGUAUGUGAGACAUGUGAUAUGUCUUUCAGACUGAAGCAGUGUUUAGCAGAACACAUGCGUAUGCAUACAGGAGAAAAACCUCAUGUGUGCGAUGUGUGCAAGAAGUUAUUCACACGAAAGCAGGAUAUGAAGAAACAUAUGCGUAUACAUACAGGGGAAAAACCUUACACAUGUAAUGUAUGUGAUAAGAAAUUCAGACUCAAGCAUCAUCUCUCAGGACAUAUGCAUAUUCACACACGGGAGAAGACCGAUAUGUAUAAAAGGCUAUUUAUGCAAAAGCAGAAUCUAAUGCAGCAUAUGCUUAUCAACAGAGAAAUGCAAUCUUGAUGUAUGUGUAUAAUGUUAUUAACUUGGAAGGGUUAUUUAUGGAAAGGAAAUAUUGGUACAUUUUGAUUAUUUACAUCCCCACCAAACAGCCACAAAAAUAUAUCAGUGAGACAAUGCACUAUUUUGCCAAAAAGAUUUGACAAUCCAGAUGAAUCCACUUCUGGACAUUUUUGCUAGUGUUACUUCAGAUUAUGAUCCCUUCUGCAUUUUAACAUAGUGGUGUGUAGCUUGCAUAUUUCUGUAUCUGUUGUCUUCUACGAGAUCUCAGAUUUAGCUUUUUGCACAUGUUAAGUGUAAUGUGGCUCGUUUAAAGGCAUCGUGUGCCUCUUUUUUUUGCCAGUACUUUUCCAUUAUGCACGUGCCAUGCAUUUUAGUAGUACUAUUGUAAUAGUAUGUGCACAUUUGUUUAAUUAUUCUUGUUUACACACAGCCCCAGAUGGUGCUAUCAUUAGGUCUUGCCAUGUGAUUGGCUUCUCUUCGCAGGCAGCAAAAGUGUUGCGGAUGCAUAAUGAAAAAGUGCCCUUUUACCUUCUCAUCUUAGGAUUUUGUUUUGAUGCUAGAAUUAUGCCUAAUGCUGAGUUUAUGCAGUUCGCUAAUGUUUUUUAAGUGAACACAGAUUGCUGUAAACAAAGAAGCAUAGCAAUAGGGAAAAAAACAGGAAUUGUACAUUGAUAUGGAGAAAAAAGAAUGUAAAAAAGUAAACAGCACUAGAUGCAUCAUAAAGAUAACCAAAAAAAAAAAAAAAAAUUCUUUCCGAAGUUGGGAAUGAGUUUGGGACUUUUUGGUGGAGGUGCAUGUAAUCAGAAAGUACCAAAAUAUUUAUUACAUCACUUUCAAGCCUUUGCUAGGGAAAAAACUUCAACUUUCAAACUUUGUAUAAGUGGUCUAUUAAGGCCCAUAUUAUACAUGGGUAAAAAUAUAUUUAUGGGUGCCCACUGGCGAUUUUUGGCAGUACAUGGAUACUGAGUUUGUGCAGUUCUUUGACUUGUUAUUUUGGCUUUGUGUAGCAAAAAUUGCCGCUACACAAAGACAAAAUAACACAUCAAAGAAUUGCACAAACUCGGUAUCUAUGUACAUAUUUUCACUUAAAAAAAUCAGAUAAUUGCAUAAACUUGGCAUUGUGCACUCCCUUGACUCUGUCCAUGUACGCAUCUACCUAGUUUCACUUAAAAAGUCAAAGGAGCACCCAAUUCUGCAGUAGAGCCAAACAAAAAAUACGUAAUCUCAAUAAACCAUAUUUUAAAUCAAACAAUAAAAUAACAUAAGAAAGGAAAUUCAUCUUAUGCAUCUAAGCACUAUGCAAAGGAGAUAUCUGUUUACCUUAUUUAGAAAUUUCCAUGUCUUCAGUCAAACAAAAUUCCUUAAUAGCAUCCAAAAACUUCCUAAAAUUAUCUGAACUAGAAUCUGUAUACUGGCAUCGCCACAUAAAUUCACAAAAUAAGAGUGAAAAAUAUCAUUCGUAGUGCCAAUAUCCUCCGACGUUCAACCAUACACAUUUCCUUCUUACAAACAGGACACUUACAAUGGCUACUAAGUAAACCUUCAUUUACACAUCAGUCAAUUAAUGCUCUUUUCCCUUUUUGUUCCAAAUUGUGGAGAAACUUCAAAUUAAUUUUUACUUCAUUCAGCCAUUUUACCAUCUAAACUACAAAACAAGCAAUGUACUUCCUAACCAACACACACCACAAGCCCUUGCAAAUCUUUUCCCAUAAUUCAAAAUUUACCGCAAUCACGCAACUGAUUACAUCAUAAUAGGGUUUCCUCAACAUUCAACUAGCCAGGUUACUAUAAAUAAAACAACUUGGCAAUAAAUGAAACAACAAAUUCUUGAUAAUACAAGGGGCACCUUUCAAUAUACUCUUAACCCACACAUGCUUUAGUUUCAUGCAAACAGUUGUUUAGGACAAUUUUUCUGCUUGGUUUACUAUUGAAAAAAAGAUGCACAGUUUGAAUUUACAAUAUAUAUAUAUAUAUAUACAAAUCUAUAGCUGCCAACUGUCCUAGUUUCCUUGGUAAAUUACAAAGUUUAUAUAUUUUUAGCCUUUACUUGAAAUUUAUUGAAUUAAUGAAGUUUACAUUUUACAAAUUCCAUUCCCCAUCCCUAGUGAUUUUUAGGACAAUUUUUCUUAUUGAAUUUUAUUUGAUCUGAGCUGUCUUAACUAUACCGCAAGUGAUCUAAAAUCUGAACCUCCAGACCACUACCAACCCCCCUUUUUUUUGGUAUGCUUUGUGCAUGUGCACUGGAUGUUUUUUCAUAGAUAAAAUAUUGAGAACGCCGAUUCUUAAUUUCAGUUCGGCAGUAAAUAAAAUAUCUCCAUAUUCAAGAAAUAAUCAUUUAUUAACAUAAAUCUGUAUGAUAAUAAUUUGGCUCUCAUCUUUUUGGUAGGCACACAUCUCAAGUUAAAACACUGUACAUCAAAACAUCAGUAAUCUACUGAAUAAUUUUUAUACUUGAUGCCAACCCUCUGUGUUAUUUAUUAUUAUUAAUUGCUUUCAUGGCAUGAAUAUCAAUACACGGCAGUUUGAGAAAUACCUCAUGCAGCAAUGUCUAAUAUUUUUUUAAGUGUUGAUAACUGAAUACCAAAGAGUAUAGUAACCUUUUAUGUUAUGCUUAAUUACUAGUUUUAUUUUCAUUGUAUUUAAAAGCUUUCUUUUCCUACUUAGAAUUUUCCGAGUAUAAAAGUGUAAAAAAUUACAAAAUAAAAUUAACUUAACUGAAGGAGAAAAUCACUUUUU